AAUGUCAUCCACCAGUGACUGAAACACUUACCAACACUUUGAAAGAAGUGAAUAUGAGGUGGAACAACCUUCUGCAGGAGAUUGCAGAGCGGCUGCGUGCCAGCAGGGCCCUGUUGCAGCUGUGGCAGAGGUACAAGGAUUGCUACCAGCAGUGCUCUUCCACSGUCCAUCAGCGGGAAGAGCAGACCAAUGAACUCCUCAAGACUGCCACCAGCAAAGACAUCGCUGAUGAUGAAGUUACUACCUGGAUCCAGGACUGCAAUGAUGUACUCACGGAUUUGAAAACAGCGCAGGAGUCACUGGUUGUUCUUCAGGAACUGGGGGAGGAGCUGAAAAGCCAGGUGGAGGCUUCGGCAGCAGCAGCCAUCCAGUCUGACCAUCUGUCUCUGAACCAGAAUCUGUCAGCCCUAGAACAGGCUCUCCGCAAGCAGCAGGCUGCACUUCAGGCUGGAGUCCUGGACUAUCAAACCUUUGCCAAGAACCUGGAAGUCCUYGAGGCCUGGAUAACAGAAGCAGAAGAAACAUUGAAAGAACAGGAUCCCAGUCACUCAUCUGACAUCUCGGCAAUCCAGAGCAGAAUGGAGCAACUCAAGAGUCAAAUGUUGAAGUUCAGCAGCAUGACCCCAGAUUUGGACCRUCUUAAUGAGCUGGGUUACAGGCUUCCUCUGAAUGACAAAGAAAUCAAAAGGAUGCAGAACCUGAACAGACAUUGGUCUGUGGUCUCAUCUCAGACUACAGAGAGAUUCAGUAAGCUGCAGUCUUUCUUGCUGCAACAGCAGACCUUCUUGGAGAAAUGUGGGACUUGGAUGGAUUUAUUARUUCAGACUGAGCAGAAGCUGGCAGUAGAGGUUUCAGGAAACUACCAAAGGCUUUUAGAGCAGCAAAGGGAGCAUGAGCUGUUCCAGGCAGAGAUGUUCAGCCGCCAGCAGAUUUURCAUUCAAUUAUCUCUGAUGGGCAGCACCUCCUAGAACAAGGACAGGUGGAUGACAGGGAUGAAUUUAAUCUGAAUCUGACUCUUCUGAGCAAUCAGUGGCAAGGAGUGAUUCGCCGGGCACAGCAGAUGAGGGGCAUCAUUGACAGCCGGAUUCAGCAGUGCCAGCGCUACAGGGAGAUGGCGGAGAAGCUGCGCAAGUGGCUGCUGGAAAUGUCCUGUCAGCCAGUGACUGAGCUGGGCAGAGUUCCUAUCCCACUGCAGCAAGCAAGAGCACUGCUGGAUGAAGUGCAGCUUAAAGAGAAAGUUCUCUUAAGGCAGCAAGGGAGUUACAUCCUCACUGUGGAAGCUGGGAAGCAACUGCUGCUCUUUGCUGACAGUGCAGCUGAGGCASUCCUGCAGGCAGAGCUUACUGAAAUCCAGGAGCGCUGGAAGAUGGUUAGCACUCAGCUGGAGCAACAGAAGAAACAGGUUGCUUUGCUGCUAAAGGACUGGGAAAAAUGUGAAAAGGGCAUAGGAGACUCCCUGGAGAAGCUAAGAUCAUUCAAAAAAAAGCUUUCUCAGCCAUUGCCAGAUCACCAUGAUGAGYUGCAUGCAGAGCAGAUUCGUUGCAAGGAGUUAGAGAAUGCUGUUGAAGGCUGGACAGAUGACCUUGCUCACCUCUCCCUGCUGAAGGAGACCUUGUCUGUAUAUAUCAGCGCAGAUGAUAUCUCAAUCCUCAGUGAGCGAAUAGAGCUCCUGCACAGGCAGUGGGAGGAGCUKUGCCACCAGGUCUCCUUGCGUCGACAACAAGUUAGUGAGAGRCUGAAUGAGUGGGCUGUCUUCAGCGAGAAGAACAAGGAGCUCUGUGAAUGGCUGACUCAAAUGGAAAGUAAGGUGUCUCAAAAUGGUGACAUCCUCAUAGAAGAAAUGAUUGAGAAACUUAAAAAGGAUUAUCAAGAGGAAAUUGGUGUAGCCCAGAAGAACAAAAUCCAGCUUCAGCAAAUGGGAGAGAGACUUGCUAAAGCCAGCCAUGAGAGUAAGGCAUCAGAGAUUGARUACAAACUUGGCAAGAUCAAUGACAGGUGGCAGCAUCUUCUAGAUCUUAUUGCAGCCCGGGUAAAGAAGUUGAAGGAGACCCUUGUUGCAGUGCAGCAGCUGGACAAAAAUAUGAGUAGCCUGAGAUCUUGGCUUGCCCACAUUGAGUCAGAGCUGUCCAAACCUAUCGUCUAUGAAACUUGUGACUCAGAGGAGAUACAAAGGAAGCUAAACGAACAGCAGGAACUUCAGAGGGACAUAGAGAAACACAGCACUGGCGUGGCAUCUGUUCUCAAUCUGUGUGAAGUACUUCUUCAUGACUGUGAUGCUUGUGCCACAGAAGCAGAGUGUGACUCUAUCCAGCAGGCCACACGCAAUCUGGACAGAAGGUGGAGGAAUAUUUGUGCAAUGUCAAUGGAAAGGCGACUUAAAAUUGAAGAGACCUGGCGGCUGUGGCAAAAGUUUUUGGAUGACUAUGCUAGAUUUGAAGAUUGGCUAAAAGUCUCUGAGARGACAGCUGCUUUCCCAAGCUCCUCUGGUGUGCUUUACACUGUUGCUAAGGAAGAACUGAAGAAAUUUGAGGCUUUCCAGAGGCAAGUGCAUGAAAGCCUGACUCAGCUGGAGCUGAUCAAUAAGCAAUAUCGGCGCCUGGCCCGGGAGAACCGCACUGACUCUGAYGGCAGCCUCAAGCAGAUGGUUCACGAGGGGAACCAGAGAUGGGACAAUUUGCAAAAGCGAGUCACCUCCAUCCUGCGCAGGCUAAAACAUUUUAUUAGCCAGCGGGAGGAGUUUGAAACAGCACGUGACAGCAUCCUGGUAUGGCUGACRGAGAUGGACCUGCAGCUGACCAACAUCGAGCAUUUCUCAGAGUGUGAUGUCCAAGCAAAAAUAAAGCAACUUAAGGCUUUCCAGCAAGAAAUUUCACUGAACAACAGCAAAAUUGAGCAAAUAAUUGUGCAAGGUGAGCAGCUCAUUGAGAAAAGCGAGCCUCUGGAUGCAGCUGUCAUUGAAGAAGAACUAGAUGAGCUGCGCCGUUACUGCCAAGAGGUCUUCGGACGUGUGGAACGCUAUCACAAGAAGCUUAUCCGCCUCCCUCCRCUGAGGAGCGAGCGAUCGGGGCGAGAUACCCCUGCCAGCGUGGACUCCAUCCCUCUGGAGUGGGAUCAUGACUACGACCUUAGCAGGGACCUGGAGACUGCUGUUUCACGGGCGCUGCACUCUGAAGAAGAUGGAGGACAGGAAAAAGACUUCUACCUGAGAGGAGCAGCUGGCAUAGCAGAUGUAGAGAUCCCUGAAACUCUUGAGGCCUAUGUAAAACUCACAGAAAACGCCCUCAAAAAUAUCUCUGGUGAACCAGGUGCCCUGGAAGCACAUAUUCGACAGCUGGACAAGGCCUUGGACACCAGUCGUUUCCAAAUACAGCAAACAGAAAACAUCAUCCGCAGCAAAACACCUACAGGACCAGAACUGGACUCCACWUACAAGGGAUAUAUGAAACUGCUAGGUGAAUGCAGUGGAAGCAUAGACUCAGUACGAAGGCUUGGAUAUAAACUGAAGGAGGAAGAAGAAAAGUUUUCAGGACUCAUUAACAUGAACAGUACUGAAACACAAACAGCUGGUGUAAUUGAAAGAUGGGAAUUAAUCCAGGCCCAAGCCCUAAGCAAGGAGCUGAGGAUGAAGCAGAACCUUCAGCAAUGGCAGCAGUUCAAAUCUGACCUUAACAGCAUCUGGGCUUGGUUGGGAGAAACUGAGGAGGAACUGGAGAAGCUCCACCGCCUUGAUCUCAGCACUGACAUACAAACUAUUGAGCUCAGAAUUAAAAAACUGAAAGAGCUGCAGAAGGCAAUUGAUAACCGCAAAGCAAUCAUCUUAUCCAUCAACCUGUGCAGCUCAGAGUUCACCCAGUCUGACAGCGAGGAGAGCAAGAAGCUGCAGGAGCGCCUGUCCCAGAUGAACGUGCGCUGGGAGCACAUGUGCAGCAUGAUCGAGGAGUGGCGCCGCUCCUUGCAGGAUGCAUUGAUACAGUGCCAGGAUUUCCAUGAACUGAGCCAUGGUUUGCUGCUUUGGUUGGAGAAUAUUGACAGAAGAAAAAAUGAGAUUGUGCCCAUCAAUCCAAACCUAGACUCAGAAAUACUGCAGGAUUAUCACAGACGUCUGAUGCAAAUCAGACGUGAACUGCUGGAGUCUCAGUUGAAGGUGGCGUCACUGCAAGACAUGUCUUGCCAAUUGCUAGUCAAUGCUGAAGGCAAGGAUUGUCUCGAAGCCAAAGAAAAGGUACAUGUCAUUGGAAACAGACUGAAGCUCCUCUUGAAAGAGGUCUCACGUCAUAUUAAAGACCUAGAGAAAAUUCUAGACAUUUCAAGUAGUCAACUGGAAUUGUCCUCAUGGUCUUCCGAUGAAUUAGACACAUCAGGCUCAGUGAGUCCUGUAUCUGGAAGAAGCACUCCAAGCAGACAGAGAACGCCACGGGGCAAAUGUAGUCUCUCACAGCCUGGACCCUCUGUCAGCAGUCCACAUAGCAGGUCCAAAAAAGGUGGCUCAGGUUCCUCCCCUUCUGAGGCUGGGCCAGCGUGGCGGUGCCCGUCCUUCUUCCUCAGAGUCCUCAGAGCUGCUCUGCCACUUCAGCUGCUGCUGCUGCUCCUGAUCGGGCUGGCCURCCUGGUGCCAAUGACCGAGGAGGAUUACAGCUGUGCUAUGGCAAACAACUUUGCCCGCUCUUUCCACCCCAUGCUAAAGUACAUGAAUGGUCCUCCUCCAUUAUGAAGGAGACCUGUGAGACAGCAGGAGACCUUGCUGGAGUGCUGGCUGGGAGCAAGAUGGUUUUAAAGGGUGACAGGGUUCAGCAUGGCAGCUCUACCUGUCUGCUGUAGGCACCACUGUGCCCAUAUCUUUCUCUGCUGGCACUCGGCUCCAAACGCAUCAGUGUAUCAGUCUCAAACUGCACAACGUAWUACCUGAGUAGCAUCAUUUCAGUACUCGCAUCCUGGGUACGAAGGAGGGUGCGAUGUAUGUGAGGGAAAYCUCUUCUGUACAGCUUUUGGGAUCUUUUAGCCACUUUAUAUCCAGGUCAUUGCCCUGUACUAUGCAUAGCCAAGGACUUGAUACUGUAGAUCCUUUCCUGUGUGCUGCUCCAAAUGACCCAUUAGCCAGUCUUUGUUAAAUACCCUCUCAGUAUCUACAGUACUCAAAAUAACCAAUGCUUAAGGAAUUUUAGAGCAUUUGUAACAUACAAUUUUAAAGAAUCUUGUAUGACAUUGUAUUAUUCCCUGUGGUUUCUGUUUCAGGCAUGGUGUUCUAACUUUUGCUUUGGAUGCACAAGGUGUAAAUCUGAGAAGCACUUUUUUAAGGUUUAAAAAAAAUGGAUGUAAUAAAUAAGAUUGCAUAAGUUUUUAUGAGGAAAAAAUGUUGAAUGUCAAGUUGAAAAACAAAGAACAUAUUUAUGUAUGUACAGUUUGCUAAGCCAAGUUUUGUUUGUAUUGAUUUCUUCGCAUUUAUUAUAGAUACCAUAAAAUAUUUUGUCUACGUGCUUUUUAAUGACAACUAUGGAAACCUCUAAGUUUAGAAUGAGAUAUGUAUGGUAUAAAAAAAAUAGAAAACAUAAUAUGCUGCACUUCAAAAAAAGAAUUAAAAAUUCUAUAA